AUGGAGCAUAAUCCGGACCUUUGUGUUAACAACGAAGGGGAAUUCGAAAGAAUGUAUGUAUGUGUGAAGAAUAUGGCCGAUAUCGUUGUGCCGCAGGAAUAUGGCAUUCGUAAGGAAAACAAAAUAUGCGUGGCCCAGCGUGUCUGUACGCCUUUGCUGAAGAAGAUUAGAAACGAUUUGCACCGAUGUAUUGAGUGUUCCGAAGAAGACGAAAGUCAGACAAGGCUCGAUCCAAGAGCUUCUGAAGGCAUUGCCACACCUCUUCGUCACGUUCGCACCCGCCUCUACUUCACUAGCGAGAGCCAUAUUCACACAUUAAUGAAUCUCAUUCGAUACGGUGGACUCUGUUCGGUCGAUGACAAGAAAUGGCAGCGUGCUAUGAACUUCCUCUCUGGUGUCACUGAGUUCAACUAUAUGACGCAGGUUGUUCUGAUGGUGUAUGAAGAUAGUCGAACUGAUAGCAUUGCAACUGGUACAGAACGCUUUCAUAUUGAGUUGUUGUUCUCUCCAGGGCUUUAUCCAUGUUUCCUGACCGAGAAAGAGCGAAUUUACGAAAAUCGACUGAAUAAAUCUAAUGGUAUGACGAAGAGUCACUCGCGUGAAGGAAAUUGUAACGGGUCGGUUUCACCUGCAUCUGCAGACGCAGCCAAAGAAAAGAAUGAGGAACUUCAGCCGAUAUUUAUAUCGGUGCCUGUGCCGGCAGACGAUGUGUCUGUAUCAAGCGCGAACGAUGACCAGAAAGCAGCCGAAACUACUGGGUUGGUGAGCUCGUCGUCGAAACUGCCCCAACCCGAUUCGGAAGACGACCUCAAUGACGCCCAUUCUGUAAAUCUAGUUGCAUUGGACGAAGUGAACACGAAGCAGUAUCCUGGAGAAGAAAAGAUGGGAAAAAGGCAGAGGCAUGCAACCGGAGGAGAGAAAGCGAGUGAGGAAGGCGAUUUGCCGAGAGAGGAUCUAACGAUAGAUUGGAGGCAGCAGAAUGGGCUAAUGAAGAGUCCCAGUCAGGUACGCAUAGAGUAG